GUUCACUUCCGGCAGGUUGGCGCGGGGUGAAGUCCAGAGUUGGACUGGUGGCAGCAGCACCCAGGACACCGACACGUUUCAACCAGCUUUGACAUGUCUGACGCAAGCAGCCAGGUACCCACAGACCCCAUCUCUGCAGUUGGAGUUGUCACUUCACUCAACAAGGCCCCUGAUGGCUACUAUGUUGUUGCACAAACAACAGAUGGCUCUGACGCCGACCUGUGGAAGGACGGCUUAUUCAAAUCCAAGGUCACUCGAUACCUCUGUUUCACCAGGGAAACUGGGGCUGACGUUGUUGUGGACAUGAAGCUGAUUGACAUUAAGGACGCAUUGCCAGAGGGCUUCACACCUGUGGAAGAAACAUUGGACACAAAGGAAACUGCCAUGAGGAAGAGGAAGCUCUGCGUGAAACUCAGCCCUCGUGCAGCUGCAGUGAUGGCUGUGUGUGACAUCCAGAUCGUUGCAAAGUCCAAGUACCACCUUGUUAACUACACCUGUAUCGGUGAGAGGAACAAUAUGGGGAUAUGGUACCGAUUAGGAGACGUUCCUCAGCCUCAGUCGUCCCAUGAAACGUCCGGUACAGCUAACAGUGACGCUCCACCCAGCACUGCAAGGGUGAGGACGACAAGCAGGCCGCUCUAUGAGCACCAGAGCAGUGGGAGCUACACCAUGACAGCUCUGGACGAUGUGCCCUUUGUGGUCUCUGAGAGGUUUUGUAAAAACCCCAAAGAGAUGCAGCAAGUCAAUUUAAUGGGCAUUACGAUCAAAUCCCUGGCAGAGAUCGAGGAGGAAUUUCACUACAACUUCAGCACAGAACGAAGCAUUGCUGUGUAACUUUCCACCCAGCGUUUACACCCUGGCAGACGGAGCGACGAGGACUGAAGCAUGACUCAUGGACCUAAAGGAAUCAUUUAAAUUAUAAUGUAUUAAUGAAAUUCAAAAAAAGUUUAGAUACAUAGCAGCUGUAUAUUAUGUAAUUUAAGAUUUUUUAAAAAGUAUCUUUGGUAACACUUUAUUUGGAUACUCCACCUAUAGAUUUUUUAGAGUAUUUCUAACAUGUUAGCAGCUUAUUAGUUGAGAUUCAACUUUUUCACUUUGUAUAUCUAUGUAUAUCUUUCGAGUAUAAUCACGAUUCACUACAUGUUGAACUUGAAUAGUUCAAGUUCAACUAAAUUAUUCUGAAAAGAUGUAGGUAUGGUCAUGAGUUGUGACGUACACAUUUACAGAAUAAAGUGAAACAACUGAAUUGUUGAAUUUCAUCUAAUAAGGUGUUGAAAUCUUAGAAAUGCUCAAAAAACUAUCUCAGACUAUCCAGAUUAAGUGUUACUGUCUUUUAACCUUGAUGGAUUCUAUUUAAGUGAUUCAGCAUUUGAAGUAUUUUUGAUAAUGUACAACUAUGCAUAUUAAAUUUUAGAAGAUUUUCAACUUAUUUAUCUUGAAAGUGACUUUUUCUAAAUUUGGGUUUUGUCUUAUCUUCCUCAGAUAGCCUCACAGUAAGUGUCAUGCUCCAAAUAAACCAAGCUAAUUAAUAUCCUUUAACAGAUUAAUUCAUAAAAGUCUGUUAGCUGUGACUCACUUUCUGCUCAUCAGAAUAACAGGGCCGUGCUGACAGUGAGUAGCAGUCAGGGAGGACAUAAGAGGAAAUGGAGAGGCAGCCUCAUCACACGCAAACAGGCCCCUCUGAUGUGCAUUUUCCAGCAGAAGCAUCUUUCCAUCACAAAGUUCAUCAUGAGCAGCGUGCGGCAACAACGAGCAGAGCCUCGAGACACAGGAGCCUUUUACCCCAGACGCCCGCCCACGUCAGCAGCGACUCCUCUCCUGAGUCAGGUCUUUAAGAGUAGAACAGAACAUUAAGUUUCAGCUCUGUGAAUGUGUUAUUGUUAAUUAUAGAAUAUGUUACUUCUAUCUACAGCUGUAUAGAGAAAAAGGCAGAAAAAGUGACAAUUACCUGGAGUUUUUCUGCUGCAUUUUAAUAUUCACAAACCCACAUUUUAUGAGAAUAACCCAAAACAGGAAACUUUAUUUACUAAAGUGCAUUUUUUUUCUCUUUAUCAAACUAAGCAACACCUUGCUGCCACUUUGCUGCCACAUGCACAAGCAGAAUUUACACUCGGAUACCAAAACAUCACUAUCUUCUCACUCCCGCUCACAUGUGUCAUUUGCAACUAAUUAAAUUGUCAGAAUCCAUUUGCACAUUUUCGCAGGUGUAAUUAGUAUUAGAAACUCAUUAAUGGAUUAAUGUCCCCGUUGUUAAUUAGACUCUCCUCCUGCUAAGUUUGUGAACUUAUGGAUUCUGCUAACAAUGCAGGUCUUUAUUUAUUUUUAUUCUCCCCACCAAAAUUCCUAAUGGCUUUUGGUUAUUCACAGGUGUUUAAUGAAGCGUACAGCAGAUGACAACCCUCCACCAGCGCUUGCGUUAACUCCUCUGUUCUGCCGCUGGAAUCAGAGCGACGGUCUGAGGAAUCCUCUGCAGAGGGAACAGCUUUCACGCUCCUUCAUGAAGGUGACACUCAUGUCAGUGAUGCCCUAGAGCACAGUGACAGGCUCCGACAGCCCUCCUCCCUGCAGCGUGCAAAGUGUAUAUAUACAGUGCGCCAUAUGUAUCCAGAUACAGACUGUACAAACAAAACUCUCCAUUUUCCAACACUACUCUUGACUUAUACAUGUGAGCAAAACUUUGCUGCAAGUAACAGUAAUCACUAUUAUAUCUCAGUGUUUAGACUACAUUUAAUUCAAGCAACAUAAGGGACAAAGCAAUAUUCUGUAUUUCUCUUCGUAUUUAAAAAUCCAGUGGAAAGACCAAAACUAGUAACGGAGGGAUCUCACUAGCACGAAUUGUCUGUGUAGCCAAACUCGGAUAUAGUGUCUUAUUCCUCUACAGAGCUCCAUUGUUGUACCAACACUAGUAAAGUCACCUCAAUGAGACGCCUCAUUUCGCUUGGUGAAAUGUUCAUUACAGUUUAUUUCGAGUCCAUUCCAUAAACUUUGUCCUGCUGCUGUAAAUGCUAACUAGCUCAACAAAUGUGCAGCUUAAAAUAGUUCCCAACAAAAGCACCAUUCUUCCUGUUUCAGUAACGCUUACUAAAAACUGCAAUCCCCAGUUUUAAAAUUUUUGAAUAAAAGUAUAUGUUCUUGGUCUGUUUUAAAAGAUUUACGUCUUCAGUAGGACCGCGUGGGUCUGGGACUGAGUGCUACUGACAGGCUGGGGUUGAAAGUAUUAAGAAACAAACUACCGCACUGUUGGUUUUAGUCUUCUCGUGAGAAGUGUUGACAAUUACAAAAAUAUAGAAUACUGCCAGCCUUAUCCUUAAAAAAUGUGGCCCUUUGCGUGCACACCUCACACUGUAACGUCUCAGUAUUGUGCUCAAUGUGAGCAGCGUUCAAAGUGUUGCGGUUAUCAGCAGGUGGAGUCUGAUGUCAGCCCUGCAGGUCAGAUGUGAGUGUUUAGAUGAAGCUAAUCACAGGUUUUGCGUUCAUGCUAAGAGAAGCAGCAUAGCCAAACUCUCCAGAUGGGCACAGAGCUCUCAGAACCACAACUCCCUCAUGAGCCCUGCCCAGCAUUGCCCAUCAAAAAGCUGCCUCACAUGGUUUCACUUUUCCUUUCACUCCACUUUAUGAUAUGGAAAAUAAUGAUUUUCAGAGACCGCAUUUUAAAAUUGAAAUGGAAACAACCUUUUUUUGUCCGCGAGGUAUGCAGCAGUUUAAAGGCUCGAGGAAUAGUUAAGGACUGUUGUGUGUCUCGGAGCAUUUCACAUAUGGCGAGUCUGUUUCCAGGCAUCUUUUUUAACUCCCUUGCUAUCUCUAACCUAGCAGGCCCACUUCAGGCUCCUCAGUCACUGCUGGCUCAGUCGGCUCAGCCCGAGUUGAGCUGAACUGCAGAGCAGCACAUCAAAGCCCCACCCUCUGUGAGUCGGCCAGAUGUCCCAUGGUCAUUUUUAAACUCACACCCCGGUGCAUGACAUGGAGCAGUGUGUAAGCAUGUAGACAGAGGUGGAUGGGCCGCUUGGAAAUUGGAAAAGGAAGCCUGUAUUUAUGAGGUGGUUUGAGGUGCUGUGUUAAGACAGGCUUAACCUGCCACUCUCCCUCUGACAGCCCUGUUUCCCCCUGAGCUGGGGUGACCAGAGACAGAGAGAGGUGAAGGAGUGAAGGCAGGAAACCUGUCAAAGCAGGUCCAGACCAGACCUGGACCCGUGGUGAACAGACUCACAGGCAGGUGAUGCAGCAAAUCACACUGACACAAGAUGUAAAGCCUAACGUUCACAUUAUUUGUAUUUUUAUAACAAGAUAAAACAGGAAACAUAUAAAUUGUGCUUCCUAAUGUGAUUCCUUCAGCCUAGUGCAUGCUGGGAAAGGCUAAACCUUCUAUGAGCUUAAAGUGGAAAAGCUUUGGAAGAGAAAUUAAUGAAUAAUCAAGUACUAAUUUUCUAAGAAACAUAAACACACAGGCUGUAGGCAGCACAACACCUCACUGUUCACCAGUUACUUCCAGCAGUCUCUUCAUUCCAUGUUGACGUCAUCAAAUGUUGGAGUGCCCCACUGAGAUAUAAAGCGGGAGGUUGGCCGUGUGGUCUUCACCGUACCCGCCACCUUAACAAGCCCCCAGGCUGCACUCCGAGGGGAGCCCCACAUCAAAUCUGUCUUUCUGUACCUCUGCUAGAGGUAAGAUGAGUGAUCUCCCAGAGCAGGGAUCCCCUCUCCUCCCCCACACGGCGGCUCUCCUCCCCUCUCUCCCUCUGCCACGGCAGCCAGCCCAUGUGAGUCAAAUUAUUGUAAUUGAGCAAGGAUGGAGUCGGGUGUGAGGUGAUCUCUCUCUUCAUCCCCUCCCUCUCUCUCUCUCUUUCUCUCUCUCUCAGAUAUUUCUGCACAUGUUGUGAAAUGACCAGCAAGCAUCUCUUUUUUUUCCUCCCUUCCCCUCUAACACAGCCUGUAACACAGAAAUCAAUUAACUCCUUUCAAGUCAGAUCAAAGGCCCAAUACACCGUCCAGGUCUCUCCACAACCUGCAGGACAAUUAACUCUCUUUUUGGACAGCAAGCAGGCUGGACAGAUGAAGGGAGGCUGCUGCCACUGGUCACAUACGUGUGAAGCAGUCGUAAACAAACGGGAAGUGACUGGACAUAAUGUCAGCUAGCAUCGUACUAACUUAGCAGUUAGUUUGGCAUUAGCGUGAUGAUAGGUUCUACUUCAUCUGCUGGGAACAUCAUGACAAAAGGAAAAUGAACUUUGACUCCUGCAUAUAUUUUAGAGGGUGUUUGUGCUACAAGCUGCCACGAGGCCGGUACAGCCAUGGACACAUAAUGAGACAAUGGGCCCCUGGGAACAGAGAAGUAAAAGCCCCCAGCCCACCUAUAUCUAGCUAGAUGCCCCGACGCAGAGAGACACAAAGUGACUACAAAAGACACAGCUAUGCUAAUCUGUAGUUGCUUCCUGUCGCUCUUUUGCGUCUCUUUGUUUCUUUGUUGUUUCUGUCUUUUUUGUCUCUUCACUGCCAUUUUGUGUCUCCUUUAAGUUGUUUUGUGUUUUUCUGGCCAUUUUGCAUCUUAUUUUGGUCUGUUUGCGUCUCCUUGUUGUCAUUUUGUGUCUCUUAGCUGUCGCUUUGCAUGUCUGUCGAGUUUUUUUGUUUCCCUUUGCGGGAGUUGUGUGUUUCCUGCACUCAUUUGCAUCUCCUUGUUGUUGUUUUGUGUCUACUUUUGGUCGUUUUAUAUGUCUUUGUUGUUGUUCGCAUCUCUUUGUAGUUGGAUUGUGUUUAUUUUGGUUGUUUUAUAUCUACGUGUGGUUGUCCCUUUUGUAUCUCUUUCCAGUUAUUUUGUCUAUUAUUGCGGCCAUUUUAAAUAUCGUUGUGGUCAUUUUGCGUCUCUUUGUUGACAGGUUGCAUCUCUUUGUGGUCAUUUAGUGAAUCUUUCGAGUUGUUUCAUCUAUUUUGGCAGCCAUUUUACAUCUCAUUGGGGUCAUUUCGCAUCUCUUUGUGGUCACUUUGUGUCUCUUAGCUGUCAUUUGUAUCUCUUUGUGGUCGUACGCAUCUUUUAUUUGGUUGUUUUAUAUCUCUGUGGCUGUUUACAUCUCUUUGUAGUCAGUUUGUGUCCAUUUUUUUGUUGUAUUGUAUCUCUUUGUGGUUGUUUUGCAUGUCCCUGUUAACAGUUUGCAUCUCUUUGUGGUUAUUUAGUCGCCUCGUGUCCCUCUCCAACUGUUUUCUGUUACGGUAGUCAUUUUGCAUAUCAUUGUGGACAUUUUACGUCUCUCUGUUGACAGUUUGUGUCUCCUUGUAGUCAUUUUGUAUCUUAUAGCUGUCGCUUUGUAUGUCUUUUGUGUUAUUUUCUCUCCCUUUGCAGCUGUUUUGUGUUUCUUUGUGAUUGGUUUAAUAUAUUUUGGUUGUUUUCUGUCUCGUAA